AGAUGGCAACUCUUACUUUGAAUGGAUGGAUGACAUACGAGGUGCAAGUUCGUUGAUGACAUAUUUGUAAACAUGAAUCCUUCAGAUAAUAAUAAUCAAUAUUGGAAUGAUCCUCCUCAGUUUGCAUAUUCUGGACAAACAAUGUCAUCUUCUAUGCCUAAAAGAUUAUUAAAUAAAUAUGCGCCUUAUCCAGAAAUGACUGGAAAAUCAAAUGAUACUCCUCCUCCCAUAAAACUCUUAGGUACUCUGCUGCCAGUUUCAGUUAAUACACCAGAUUCUAACCCAUCAGAAGCAUCUCCUCAGCAGAAUGUUGUUGUUUUACCUCCAACAGCUGACAAUUCUGUUCCACCUCCACAACCACUUUCCACUGAUGGUUUUUCUAAUCUGAUUAAUUCCACUACUCAACAAACAACAGAUCAUGAAGAGGAUGAAAUGAAGUCAGAUGAUGAUAUGAAUACGCUUGUACUAAAUACAUUUGAAAAACUACUAGAAAUAUGCUCAGAACAUAUGCAGGAAAAGAAAGUUAAUGAAGUAAAAAGACGCCUCAAUAUUCUUUCGGAAUGUUGGAAAGAUGAAAAAUUAAGUAACACUAUUAAGCAGAAGUUAUACAAACUUGUAACAGCAAUAUUAAAGAAAAAAUAUGACGUAGCCGACAGUAUACAUCUCAGCUUAAUGAUGGAUCAUUUCAGUGAGGUUGGAACUUGGAUGGUCGGCGUCAAACAUCUACUACACGAAGCUAAAGAGAGAAAUAUUUUUAUUACGGAUGGUGCUCAAGAUGAUGAUAAGUUAUGAUUUAAAACGUGUAUUAUAAAUAACGAGUGAGUAAUAAUAGAUCUGUAGUUUUGUUAAUGCGAUAAAAAUCAUUUGCCAACAUUAGAAGUUUCUUUGUAAAUACAAAAUUUAUAUUUUAAUUACGGAGCAUAAAAGCAGCUUCCCGGGAGUGGCUCGAUAUUUUUAUAAAUUAAUAUUUUGUGUGAAUAAUUUUUUAUAUUUUGUGUGCACAAAUGCAAUAGAUAUUGAGAUUAAUUCAAAGACUAACGUGUGUAUGUGUACUGUAUAUGUAUUGUUGGUUCCAAAAAAUUAAUUACAAUUCCACUGAUGCGACUGAGAAAGACAUUUUAUGUAGAUAAAACUUUCAGAUAGUUUUAAGCCAUUAAGAUUGUUAUGCUUGCUAGUUCAAUUUAACAAUAAUUCUUGUUAAUGUAUUUGACAACUUUUUAACACUUAACAAACUAUAAUAGAAAAAUUCUGUGUAAAAAGAAAGUAUUUAGAAUAAUUUUUCUAUUAUAGUUUGUUACUUUCUUUUUACACAGAAAUUAUAGUACUGUACUGUUUAAUAACACAUUUGUACAGGUUGGCCCACUUGCAACCACAGAAUCUAAUUACAUAUAAUCUGUACUUAGGAAUCAUAAUUGACUUCAUGUAUUGAAAUUUGGAAAAAAUAAUGUUUUUCUGGAACCAAAAAUAUAUAUCUGCAGUUGUGUAAGCUGAACUCUAUUUUUUUUUUUUAAAUUAAUUUUGUAGAGCAAACUAUACAUGCUUUACAGUUUGUGCAAUCAAUAUGCAAUCAUUUAUAUUAAUUUGAGAAAUUAUGAAUUUCUUUUGGUAUACAAUUUUUCCUGUUUCUUCUAUAAAACAUACAUUUAAGAUGAAGAAUCAAUAUGCAAGUGAAAUCUUAAAUAUUUUAACAUCUAAAGAGAGAAUGGCACAAUGUUAGGGUCACUGAUUUUGUCAAGCUCUGAGGCUAUGGUGCUUUAUGCAAUUUUCUUGUUUAAUUUUGAGUAGUGCACCUUAUUGAUUGGCACAUGUCAGUCAUUGGGGACAUGCCACCUCACUGAAUUUGCCCAAAAUCUCAUGCUGUCCUCUUGUUGGCUAUCUGAUAAUGUUAAAAAAAAAAGUUUUGCUGCUUAAAAAGAACUUUCAAAGAAUUAGACUAUAUUCUUGUGUCUUAAUUUGUAAACCAAAACUUUUUGGUACAAUAUUCUGUUCCGAAUUUCAAUUGUCUGAACUUGCAGCAAGUAUUUGUAACAUUAUGCUUCAAAAAUAUAUAUAUAUAUAUACUUAAUGGAUGACCAAGGAGGAUACUACAAGAAUGGUUUAAAUCUAUUGUUAAAAUAUGUUCUGAAGUGAGAUAUAAAGAUGAUAAUGUAGAAUGUAAGUUGUUUCGUUAUCUAAAGUUAAUAUUAAAUUAGCCCUGGCUCUUAAAAAUAAUUAAAGUGGUAGAUUCUAUUAAUAAAAUCAGUCACAAAAAAGAGAUUUAAAGACAAAAUUAUCAUCUAAUGUACUGUAUAAUUUCAUGUCUAGUCCCAGACCUCAAAGUGUUAAAUACAGCAGUUUGGAGGAGUAAAAAAUUAGCCAGAAUUGUGUAAAUUUGCACACUAAGUCAUGCUCUUCUAUGAAAAUGGUGUAUGGGUUAGUAAUAAAAUAAAUCUGGUGAUUCUGUACUAUUAACUGUAGUAGCAAAGAGAGGUUGAUGAAAGCUACAGGAAUCCUCAAAGGGGUUGGUGGUCAAUAAAGAUAAUUUGAUCCAGACUCUAGGAAGAAAUCGAUCCGACCGUAUUGAUUAUUUGCUAUGUCAAAGUGGAAUCUUAAUUAUCAAAUGAUACCGAUUGGCGAUAAUUUUAUGGGUAAAUGAACUGUCAGAUUUACAGAAUAUAAUUAUGAAAUUGGCAAUUUUUGGUGUUUUCUUAUUGUUAACUUUAUGUCUUAAAAUACAAAUUAAUGUACCCACAAACACAGACUGAAUUCUUUUAAAUCAAAUUUUAGCAAGAGAAAAAAUUAUGUUGAGAAAUUAAUUCUAAUCUAAUAAAUAGUUUAAUAAGACCUUGGGGCAAGAACACACAAGGGUGAUUUUUCAGAAACUUGAAAAAGAGUUAAAUGUUAAAGUUUCAAAUUUUUUCAUUUAAACUGUUUCUAAGAGCCAAUAAUCUAUUAUUACAUUUUGGAGAGAUGACAGCAAAGAUAAAACAAAUAUUGUAACUCACAGUUGCCAAGUAUGAUCUACAGUUUGUAGGACACAAAACCAAAAACUUCAGAGUUAAUUUUCUAUGUAUUGUGGCAAACUGCAUGAUAUAUAUAUACGUCUGUAAACAGUUAUUAUUAUGUCAGUCUUUUGGAUGCAUGUGGAACAACAAAUGUGAGUUAUGAUAUUGUUUGUAGUUGUAAAAGCUGGUAGGCUUGUUUAUAAGUGUUGACACAUGUUGGAUGACAGAACUGUUUCUCGGAUUGUUCAUAAGCAAUGUCAAACUAUUUAUUGUAUGACAUACUUUAUAAAUAAAAGAAAGUAUUAUUUUCAUAUUA